CAGAGCAAAAGUUUUCUAGUCUAGAAUAUAAGCAAGAGUAUAGUUCAAAUUCGCAGUGAUCGUUUUCAACAUAUCCAAGCGUAAAUUUGUGGUGAAAUGGACUUAAAACGUGAAUUGCCCACCGAUGAUGCCUCUAUGGAGCUGGAGGGGGCCGAUCCCUGGGAUUGUGUGACGUCCGACAGUCUAAUCACCCUGAAGCGGAGUUGGAGCGAAGAGACGAUGAGACCAUCAUUGGGCGAGGUGACUGCUCCAUCCGAACUCAGCUCGGACGACAUCCACCUUGGCCUACUAGUAGAGAAGGGUUUGAUCGAGUACGACUCGCUGGACCAGCCCUCCGACGAGAACGAGACGGGGGACUAUCCGAAGCUUUUGUCCAGGACGGCAGAUCGAGGGGGUAUUGCUGAAAUAGUCAGGGAAAUGCGAAACGAGUUCAUGGACAAGUUGACCUCCAAGGCUAAGAGCUUCAAGGAAAUUCUAAUUAAGAAAGGCAUGAUGGAGCCGAAGGAAGACAGCCCCGUUCAUCAUGAUCAUAAAUCCGAUGUUAAGGAUAAAGCUAUGACUGAAAAUGAGCCUACGGCCCCUGAAGUUACAAAAAUUGCAGACGCUCCCGAUAAGACAACCAUAAGACAAGACGUGGCCCAUCGAAAUGAUGAGAUCACCCAGCUCAUCAGCGAAAUCAAUCAAUUCACUUCCGGGAUGGAGAGAGAUCCUGACAGCGCGGACUGGGCCCAUUUCCGCGCCAACCUGCUAAAAGUACAUAAGUACUAUGUCGGCGAUGAUGGGCCGGAAAAAAAGGAUCCAGCGUGUGCCGUCCAUAUGCGCUCUGCAGCUCAAACAGCCGAUAUCAGCGGGCCCUUGAAUGACCUACGCAAUCGGGCCAAUUACCUCGGAAAAAAUAUCCGAGGACUCGAAUGCAAGAUGCUCACCCUGGACCACUCCUUUGAUGUCUUCUGCGACAAGUUCAAUCGCAGCUUGAUCACUAAGGAGCGAGUGGAGCGGGACAUGGUGGUGCUUGCAAUGAUGCGCGAUGGGAUAGGUCGCCGGCUUAGCCAGAUGGAAGUGGAAUUCCGCAAGGCCAAGGAGCAUUUGUUAAAUCGGGGCAGAAAUUCAGAAUUACAGAGCCAGCUGGGGUCUCCCGCCCACAAUCAUCCAGAAGAUGCAUGACAAGAUCGAUCCGUAUUGUUUACUCUAGCCAACCAGUCGAUUAAACAUAUGUUAGAGAAUGUUACUAACUUAUAUUUUGGAAUACAUCUUUAUUUGAAUCAAAA